ACUUCCUCGGUCAUGUGACGUGAACGCUCUUCCUGAACACCUUAGCGCUGUUAGUAGAGUGAAAUUGGAACUAAACCGUUUGUCUCGUCAACACGACCAAAGAAAGACAUUAACAAGAGCAAACAAGAAGACCGUAAAACCGCAACAAAAUAAAGAUAGGGAAUAUAACCGGGUUAAAGAGAAGGUCUGACGUCUCGUUGGUUAGCUAGCUAGUGUUAACCGGACGCAAUCUCUUUGUUUUGGUUAAAUAUUUAUAAAGUAACCAAGAAUUCACAGGCUUGGCUGGGUUUAGCUCCCAGCUACACGAACGUCCCUGCUCAGUCUUUGGCUUAACCUGUUUUUAUAAAUUGGCAAGAUUUAACUUGCCAAACCAGUACCAGGAUGUCAAAAUAUAGCGCUUUUCCCGAAGCAGCCGAUGAUCACAAUCCUUUUCAAGAUCCAUCAGUGAUUCAGCAUAGCAGUAACAGUGGCUAUGCCACUCUCGACCUUUAUAACCCGUUUGACAACAGCACAGCUGGGCCUCCACCCCCUUAUGAGGCCACAUCUCCUUCUGUCCCGCCCCCUGCUCAAACGCCAACAAGUAGCACCACACCCACUGAACCCAAGAAUUAUGGAUCCUAUGGAACACAGUCUGAAGUCAAGGCCACCACUGCUGACCUGUUACGGAAGCAGGAGGAACUAGAAAGGAAAGCGAAGGAGCUGGAGAGAAGAGAGCGAGAGCUGGACGCUCAUGCGCUCGGAUCUGGAGCAUCUCGUCAGAAUAAUUGGCCCCCGCUGCCCUCCUUCUGUCCGGUGGGACCCUGUUUCUACCAGGACAUUAAUGUGGAGAUCAGCCAAAAUUUCCAGCGCACUGUCACCACUAUGUACUACUACUGGAUGUUCACAGCAUGCACUUUGGCCUUUAACCUCAUCUCCUGCUUGGCUAUGUUCUGUGUGGAUCCUGGUAAUGGAGUGGGCUUUGGUCUUGCCAUCCUGUGGGCUCUCCUCUUCACCCCCUGCUCCUUCGUCUGUUGGUACAGGCCUGUGUACAAAGCAUUUAGGAGUGACAGUUCUUUCAACUUCUUUGCAUUCUUUUUUAUCUUCUUCACCCAGCUGGUGCUUUACGUUAUUAUGACUAUUGGCAUCCCUGGCUGGGGCUUCAGUGGCUGGAUCGUGAGUCUUGCUGCUCUUCGGACCAGCACGGCGGUGGGUGCGAUCAUGUUGUUAAACUCUGUGCUUUUCACCGCUCAGGCAGCGAUGGGUGUCGUGCUGCUCAAGAGGGUUCAUUCUAUGUACAGGAAGACUGAGGCGAGUUUCCAGAAGGCCCAGGCAGAGUUUGCCACCGGUGUGCUUUCCAAUCAGGCAGUGCGUCAGGCAGCUGCCAGUGCCACUGUCUCUGCGGCACAGGGCGCCUUCACCGCACCCCGGUAGAAAUGAGGCUGAAGAACCCGAUUAGUUACGCAGCCUUGAGACAAAGUGACUUAGCACUCCUAAACAUAGUUGCAAACACACCCUUACCCUAGACCCCUCUUGCAUGCACGACAGGAUAAACGGACUCAUAAUGAUGUUAAUGCAACAUUGGAUCUUUUUUGUCUUUAUUUGUUGGUCUUGCUGAGCAAUAGGCCAUAAUCUUAGACAUGCAAGAAGGAUCUUGGUGUUGGAUUUUGAGAAUAGGUUUAUAUGAAUGCCGUCGAUGAGGACCUAAUAUCAACUUAUACAGUUCUUCUUUUCAUUUAUGAGAAUUGAGAAGUGCUCAAAAACAACUAAAUAUCACUGUAAUGUUUUGAAUAUCUAAGGCUUGUAAUUUUUUAACAUUGCUAAAGCUUGCAGAGUUCUUAAGAUUUGCCACAUCUGCCUUUAGCUUUUUCCCCAACUUUGUUGUUUGUGUGUAAAUAGAUGUAUACGGCCAGGAGUUAUUUCAUUAUUCUGAAAUUGAGGUUACUUGCAACCUGAGAAGUUAAACUUGCCAAUAGCUUUUCUUAAAUGUGAGAGACGAAUCCCUUAUCACAUUAUAGAGAUUCAUGAUUCAUUUUAUCAGUCUGAAAAUGGGUUGAUUUCUUUCUUUGGAUGCCAGAUAUUAAUUUAUGAAAUAGCAUGUUUUGAUGCAAUUAAGCUACUGUAUUUUCCUCUUUACAGUGAUACACGGCUAUUUGUCAUGAAUUAACACAGUUGAUAACAUUGUGCUUUGGUAUAGAAAAUUGAACUGGAUGCAUAAAUAUAAAGUUUCUUAUCAAAACAUGGUAGCAGGCAGUUAUUGCGGCCAACGUGUGUUGCUUUUGUGAUUUUUACGUUGUGUUUGUUCGUCAUUUCUAUCUUACCUUUUGUCUGACGCUAAGGUAUAAACCUGAACAAAAGUAUUACUCGGUUGUUUUUAUUAUUGUGUUUUUUGCUGCUGUGUUUGUCGUAAGUGCCACUGUGUUCUUUAUUUUUGAUUAAAGUUUAUGAAAAUGCA